AUGGACGUCGACCAAGAACAAGUACAAGUGCGUUUCGUCAGUCGUCAACCCCAAUACGCAAUCAACGAUGCGGCCAUUCUGGUUCCUUCCAGUUUCAGACGCUACGGUCUCUCCGAGAUUGUCAACAACUUGCUAGGCAAUGAAAAACCGAUCCCUUUUGAAUUCUUUGUGGACGAACAGAUUCUUAAGACCAGCAUUGCUGAAUACCUUACUGCCAAUCGCUUGUCAACGGAAAACACGCUCACCAUUGAAUAUGUCGAGUCGAUGCUUCCACCUACGUCUAUUGCAGCAUAUCAACAUGAUGAUUGGAUUAGCUCUGUCAAAGGAAAAGAUGGUUUAUUCUUGACAGGAUCUUAUGAUGGCAUGACUCGCUUAUGGAAUUCGUCUGGUGAAUGUGUGACAACAUUUCAAGGCCAUAGCAAUGCUGUCAAGAGCGUUGCAUUUGCACGUGCUGAUGCGUCUGAACAAGUAAUCGCAUACUCGGGUUCCCUUGAUCACAGUAUUCUUGCUUGGAAGUAUUCAAACGUCGAUGGUACACAACAAUGUUUAUUUGAAUGCAAGGGUCACAAGGGUUCGGUGGAAUCGAUUGCAGUGGAUCCAAAAGGAGAAUACUUGGCAAGUGCAUCAUCGGAUGGUACGGUCAAGGUUUGGACAACAUCGAUCCCAGCACAAGAUGAAACAAUGCACGAAUCUUCGCAAUCCGCCAAGCAACGGAAAACAACCCCCAAAGGAGAUCGUAAGAUCAAGUCUCGAGCUAUCACCUUGGAAGGACACGUUGGUGGAGUGAAUGCGGUGGCCUACGAUGCCAAUGAUGCCAAUAUAGUGUAUACCGGUGGUUGGGAUCAUUCCAUCCGAUCAUGGGACGUGGAACAACAAGUCAACUUGGUUACCAAGAAUUGCGAGAAGGUGGUGAUUGAUGUUGAUUAUUCGGGUUUAUCGCGCUUAAUAGCUACUGGUCAUUCCGACAACAGCUUGCGUCUUUGGGAUCCACGAACAGAAGAGGGAACAAACGUCAAGAUGACCUUGCGUGGACAUUUGGGUUGGGUGUCGUCUGUUUCAUGGUCGCCUUCUUCCGAGUAUUCGUUGUGUUCUGGUUCAUAUGAUGGCACUGUACGCGUAUGGGACAUCCGAAGCAAAGGUCCACUUUACACCCUUAAUGACGAGGAUCAUCAAGAAAAUGACAAGGUGUAUGCUGUUGAUUGGAAUGGAAAGCAUAUUCUUAGUGGUGGUGAAGAUAAAAAGUUGAGAAUAUAUCAAGCAUGA